AUGCACGAUGGUAAACGUUCCAUAAUACAUUUAUUGGAUGGACAACAACUGGAACUUACCAUUCAACCACGAUUAGUUGUCCAUGAAUUGUUGAAUAUUAUUGCCAGCCAUGUGGCCUUGAAAGAUGCCGAUAAGCAGUACUUUGGAUUAGCUUAUGUGGACCACCUCGAACAGUAUCACUGGUUGCCCACGGAUAGACGGGUCUUGGAAUAUGACAUCCCACGAAAAUCUCAUCAGUUACAUGUCGUUUUGGAGUUACACCAUAGCGUAAAGUUCUUUGUUGAUUCAGUACUCACCCUGUGUCAUCCAUCAGCUGUUGAGCUCUAUUUUUUGGAGACAGCCAAACGAUUAGUUAAAGGUUUACUGGAAUUCACGGAUCUGGAAUACUAUAAAAUUGCAUCCAGCUUCUUACAAAUAUAUUGUGGCAAUUAUGUAAGUGAUGAAAAGGCUCGAUGUGUAUUAACGGAGCUUGUACCAAUUCCAAAUGGAGUGCUGCAUACAUACGAUGUAUCAUUAGAGGAUGUUGAAAAGAAUGUAAUCGAACUGUACAAGGAUCUUAGUGGCGUACCCAAGGGAGUUGCAAUUCUGAACUUUUUACAAACUGCAGAAAGAUCUUCAACUCAUGGGUGUCAUUUUUAUCAAGUGCGGGACAAAGCUGGCCAGCCAUGGACUGUUGGCAUCAGCAAUAAGGGGAUAUUUCAAUAUGAUCCAACUGAUAUCUCCAAACCGAAAAAGAUUUUCAAUUGGUCUCUGUUGGACAAUCUCUAUUAUCGGGAUCGGAAAUUCUCAAUCGAGGUACGAAAUACACGGUUUAUUCAAUCAUCCGGCUAUGCAAACAGUAUAUUGGAUAGUGCGGGUGGUUUGGAUUCAGAUGACGAGCUCGCAAAAGCUGUGAGAGACCCCACAACUCAAGUAUCUGUAUCUAGACGAUCAAUUGCAUCUUCUGCUGUACAAGUGCAUGCUUUCUAUUGUGACACUAACUUUUUGUGCAAAACAAUUUGGUCAACAGCAAUAUCACUCCAUCAGUUUUAUUUGGAUCAGCGGACGUGUGCUAGUGCCAAUAGGAUUGUAUCGAGUGAUCCAGGAGUUGAAUUGAAGCAACUGGGCGAGAAACUUUGUCGCCUAAUAAAUCAUUCUUCUGUUACAUCGUCUCUGCCCUCUUUGAAUUCGCUGUCGUCCAAUGGUAUGCCGUCAGCGAAAGUAUCCGAUGGUUCUCUUAUUUCACUGUCAUCGUUGAACGAUGCCCAAAGUCGAGAAAAGACUCAAGAAGAAAAGCAAAAAGAAGUUGAACUGUACAGACAGUUGAAAAAAAGGAAAAACGAACUCGAAGAAAAGCUUCUGGCAAAACUUGAUGAAUUACGGGAAGUGUGCAUCAAAGAAGCGGAAAUCACGGGUGAAUUACCAAAAGAGAUUUACAAGACGCUAAUGCCAGGGGAAGAGGAGCCGAAAGUGAAACGGCGUGUUGGAACAGCGUUCUCCCUCAGCGAAGAAGUUUUUAAGAGACCCAUAGAUAGUAAUGAUAGGAUUUCUAUGCUGGAAGCGGAUGUCGAGUUACAUAGGAAAAUUGUUGCUGCAGCAGAGCGUCUAGCUAAAGAUAAAACAACCAAUAAGUCGGUGAGGAAAAAGCGCCAAAAAGAUUUGAUAGCCGCGACUCAAAAAUUACGAGGACUCGAGUUUGGUCUCACACAGCUCCGACUUUCGGCUAGUAAACCUGAUGUCAGCACUUCUAUCCGUAACGUUUCUGGAAAUAAAGGACCCUGGAGAAACUGCUCAGAUUAUCAGAUCGAAUCGACAUCGUUAGGUACUCGAAAUGAUUCAAACUCAUUGAUCACAAAAUCCUGUCCAGCUACACCACGGGGCUCGUUUCCGGAUUUACUUACCUCCGCGGAAAACGAACGAAGUAAAGCAAAUGAUGUUGAUGAUGAUGAUGAUGAUAGCGGUGAAAAAAGGAGAGCGUCCACGGAAUGUGUCCAACGAUAUCCGUCAACGUCAGUCUGCUCAAGCAUUCAUUCUGCUCAUCAUAUAAAUAAUACUUCCCUUACCAGUGUUACCGAAAGUGGCUUGUCACUUGGAGACCCGUCUUUUGAAUCUAGAACUUCAAAACGUGCACCACCUUCACUUCCUCAUCAUACCUGUUAUUUUCUUCCUGAACAUCAAAUAUCUUGGGAGAAAUUAAAGAACCAUAACGUUGAAAAUCAUCAUAUACCUGUAUAUGAAAAUAUUGGUUAUAAGUCGUGUGUCUCUUACAAAAGUUCCUACAGAGAAAUGAAUUUCCCUACACUAAAUGAUCACAACAAUUGCAAAGACCGAGUACAGCGUGCAUUCUCGGAUCACGAUUUACCGGAACAGGGAUCAGUUACAACUAAAAGUAAUGACAAAUAUGAGUCUCAAAUCAAUUACGCUGUUGUCGAAUCUAGUGGGUCUUCAAAAAACAUUGUUGAUUACGGAACCGCCGUGAGGCAGCCUCCCUGGAAGUACCACUUCGGACAGGAAAAUAACCGGAAGCUUUGUGCAGUAGCAGCAGGAGCAGGAAUUAGUAAUACGGGUCGACAGGUAAUGAUUCAGCAACAGCAGCAGAAUGAUGAGAUCCCACCUUCAUCAUGCGUUGGACCGAAGUUGGUGAAUUCCUUGGAGACGUAUCAGCAAAGCAGUAGUAAUUGUUGUGAUAGUCCACCUAUUGCUGAUUUAUUGUCGAAUGAUGGGAAAACACCGUUGCGUUACGCAGUACUACCGACGUCGCGGUCAUAUAACGAUGGUUUUGCAACAGCAAGUUUAGACAGGCGAACAAUGAAAGAAAGGCAAUUAUCCUGUAGUUCCGUGGGGUAUCACCAUCUCCGAUCAACACAACAGGCCGUCAACGAUAUGGUUCGUGAAAUAAGCAUUGGUCAACCAAUUAUCCGGCAUUCACCUCUGAGCAUUCCUCGAUUCACUACCACUUUUCCAGUUUCUGGUCCCGCCAAUGUGGAAAAGAGCAAACCUCAUUUGUCAGCGGAUAUUCAUCAUUAUCAGCAUCGUUCACCGUUACAGCAACGCAACAGUCCCGAACAGAGUGUAACGUCACCACGGAAUAUAGCUCAGAUUAUCGGAUCCUCAUCAAAUUUACGCCCUCCACCUCCUGCUUACCCAGUUGCUGUACGGAACGGGAUAUUUGGUGUCAGGAAUCCACUGGGAAAGGUUAUCACCGCACACACAGAUCUUCGAAUGGAUACUUUGAAGAAUUAUUACAAAGAUAAAGCGGACGGAAGAAAGAAGAACGCUACAGCUGUGUGA